UUUCGUUUAAAUAAUUUUUGGCAUAUGCGUAUAAACGUUCAGAACUUUCGUUUCAGUAAAUUGUUCAACUUGUCGCAAAUUAACGAAUCACGUUUCUGCUAUUAUAGAAAUAUAUAGUUGUUCACGCAUAUCAAUUGUCACGAAUACUAUAGCAUAAAGUUUGUCACCUUUGAAGGCUAGAACAGGUAUUAUAUACCUGUGGCGCAUCACAGUGAUCUGACUGUUCGCUAAGGCAGACAGUAGUUGAAUCAUAGUACGCCCUGACGCGUUUUUAUCCUCACGGGUUCAUUCAAACAACGAUGCGAGAAUGCAUAUCCAUUCAUAUCGGUCAAGCAGGCGUCCAGAUGGGCAACGCCUGUUGGGAACUUUAUUGUUUAGAACAUGGAAUCCAACCAGAUGGACAGAUGCCCAGUGACACUACCGUGGGUUAUGGGGAUGACUCUUUUAACACCUUCUUUUCCGAGACAGACUCAGGGAAACACGUACCCAGAGCAGUUUACGUUGAUCUCGAGCCAACGGUAGUAGACGAAGUUCGUACGGGCACUUACAGGCAGCUGUUCCACCCUGAACAAUUAAUCACGGGGAAAGAGGAUGCUGCGAAUAAUUACGCGCGAGGCCACUAUACGAUAGGGAAGGAGAUCGUCGAUAUCACUUUGGAUCGCAUCCGCAAGCUGACCGAUCGGUGCAGAGGUUUGCAAGGUUUCUUGAUUUUCCAUUCGUUUGGUGGUGGGACAGGUUCAGGAUUUUCCAGUCUGUUGAUGGAAAGGUUAUCUGCUGAAUAUCCAAAGAAAAGUAAAUUAACUUUUAGCAUCUAUCCAGCGCCGCAGGUAUCGACCGCCGUUGUAGAGCCAUACAACGCGAUUCUUUACACACAUCCAACCUUAGAGCACUGCGAGGUGGCCUUCAUAGUUGAUAAUCAAGCUAUUUAUGAAUUGUGCAGGAGGAACCUGAACAUUGACAGGCCGACAUAUACGAAUCUGAAUCGUUUGAUCGGACAAAUCGUUUCCUCGAUCACUGCUAGCUUGCGAUUCGAUGGAGCCCUCAACGUGGAUCUCACCGAAUUUCAAACGAACUUAGUGCCUUAUCCGCGUAUUCAUUUUCCUCUUGCAACUUAUGCUCCUGUUAUGUCGGGCGAGAAAGCUGGCCACGAAAGAAUUACGGUAGCAGACAUAACAAGUUCCUGUUUCGAACCGAAUCAUCAGAUGGUGAAUUGCGAUCCGCGUAGGGGUAAAUACAUGGCCGUAUGCAUGCUUUACAGAGGGGACGUCGUUCCCAAAGACGUGAACGCAGCGAUCGCCAUGAUCAAAAGACAGAAACACGUUCAAUUCGUUGAAUGGUGUCCCACUGGUUUCAAGGUAGGGAUAAAUUAUCAACCGCCCACUGUAGUACCAGGUGGUGAUCUUGCGAAAGUGGAAAGGGCUGUGUGUUGUCUCUGUAAUACCACUGCCAUAGUCGAUGCUUGGGCGAGAAUCGACCAUAAAUUCGAUCUUAUGUACGCCAAACGAGCAUUUGUUCACUGGUUCGUCGGCGAAGGUAUGGAGGAAGGUGAAUUUGCAGAAGCCAGAGAAGACUUGGCUGCUUUAGAACUAGACUAUCGCGAAGUCCAAGAAGACGCUGCAAAUACCGAAGAAGAAGAAGAGUAUUAACAUUAUACUACGUAAUUUUAAUUAAAAUACUUAAGUAUAUUGGAAGUAUAUUAUGUACUUAAACAUUCUUCUUACGGUACAAUAAACGAUAUUAAUAAAACUUAUCUUU